AUGAGAUCAAUAUUUGGAGAAUCAUCAAUGAAUCCAAUGCAAAAUACGAAAACAAAUCUCCAAAUAACAAAUAUCUUGUUUAUUCUUGUCCAUUUAUGUGUGGAGGUUACGAUACAAAACACGAAUAUUUCCUUUCACAAACAUUUUUUAGGUUGGGGUGAUCGAACUCGUAAAAUCGUUGCCGCAUUUCUUCUUUCUCUCGCUUUAAAUCGCACAUUUCUUCUCGAUAUGACAUGGCCAUGUUCCAUUGAACAAUAUUUAACCUCGAAUCUCAUCUCCUGGUCAAUCUCAUCACAUCUUCAGGUAAAAAAUCUUUCUUCUGCGAUCAAUAUAACAUCUUUAGCAUCAACUGAUUAUCAUCUAUUGGAAUCUUAUCAUCAACAAUAUUCUGUUCUUUAUAUUCAAACAAAAAACAUCGCGUAUUUCGAUCUAUUAUCAAAAUAUUUCUUAUUUUAUGAAGUUUUAUUCACUCGAUUUCGAAUCAAACGCGAACAUAUUCAAAUCAUAACAUUAUAUCCUCUUUUGUACGAUUUACUCAUCAAAUUACAACCGAAUCUACAAGGCAAACUCGAUCGAUUGAACUUAACGAACUCCGAUCAAGGUGCGUUGUUAUGUGGACACAUUCGCAUUGGUCGGAAUCCAUCAAAUCUCAAAGAUGUUGUCUUUCCUCAUCGUGAGAAAAUGAAUGUAACUGUUUUGAACUUUCUUCGAUCUCGUCCGGGUCGAGUUUUUAUCACCACAGAUUCAGGUGAAGUUCAACAAUUAGCGCGACAAUUGUUUUCAACGAAAAAUCCGCAGGAAAAUUCGCGAUUAAUCGAAAUUAAUGGAACGAUUGCACAUAUCGAUCGAGAUUGGAAUUAUUUAGCUUGUGAAAGUUUAGAAAAAACCAUUUUGGAUUUCCAUGCGUUGAGUUUUUGUCAUUUAGCGGUCAUUUCCAAAAGUUCAUUCGGACAUUUAGCGAUUCAUAGACGAAUUUAUCCGUAUGAAGAAUUAUAUCUUUAUUGUAAUGGAAUUAAAACAAUUCAAAAUUCAAAUGAUUAUGAUCGAUUCAAAUAUUCAACUUGUUAA